AGUCACUGCAUCGGGUCCAUCUGUACAACUCCCUCCGUCUCUCUCUCUCUGUCUCUCUCUCUUCCCUUCUCCCCCUUCUCUCUCCUCAUUCUCCUCCUCUCAUCUUUCUCUCCCAAUUUCUCCAUCUCUCUCUUGUCUCCUUAGGAAGAACCUAGAAGACAGAAACACCAACACCUUUUGACAUGGAAAUACACUGAUGCAGUAAGCAAAAAGAAACACUCGAUUGCAUCUUCCCGGUUUCAGGUGGCCUUAUUUGGCGAUUCGCUCCUGACCUUAUUCCUGUGAUGGAGGAUUCAGGCAUCCAGCGAGGCAUCUGGGAUGGAGAUGCCAAGGCUGUCCAACAAUGUCUGACAGAUAUUUUUACCAGCGUUUACACAACCUGCGACAUCCCGGAGAAUGCUAUAUUUGGUCCCUGUGUUCUGAGCCAUACUUCUCUGUAUGACAGCAUAGCUUUCAUAGCUCUUAAGUCCACGGACAAGAGAACAGUCCCUUAUAUCUUCAGGGUAGACACCUCUGCGGCAAAUGGUUCCUCAGAAGGUCUUAUGUGGCUGCGGCUGGUCCAAUCAGCCAGAGAUAAAGAAGAGCAGAAUCUUGAAGCCUAUAUCAAAAACGGACAGCUGUUUUACCGCUCUCUCCGCAGGAUUGCCAAAGACGAGGAGUUACUAGUUUGGUACGGGAAAGAACUGACUGAGUUACUCUUGCUCUGCCCCUCUAGAUCCCACAACAAAAUGAAUGGGUCGACCCCUUACACAUGCCUGGAAUGCAGCCAACGUUUCCAGUUUGAAUUCCCCUAUGUGGCGCAUCUGCGUUUCCGCUGCCCCAAGAGACUUCACAGCACCGACAUGAGUCCCCCAGACGAACAAGGCGGCGGCGUGGGCACCAAGGACCAUGGGGGCGGCGGCGGCAAAGAGCAGCAGCAGCAACAGGAGGUGACUUUGGGACCAGGCCCCAAGUUCUGCAAAGCCGGUCCCAUCCACCACUACCCGUCCCCGUCCCCCGAGAGCAACAACCCACCGGCCGCCGCGGGCGGCAGUAGCGCGAAGCCAUCCACAGACUUUCACAACCUAGCCCGAGAACUGGAAAACUCCCGGGGUGGCACCAGCUGCUCCCCGGCCCAGAGCCUCAGCGGCAGCAGCGGCCACCAGGAGGCAGAGCUGAGUCCCGACGGCAUCGCCACCGGCGGCUGCAAAGGGAAGAGAAAAUUCCCGGAGGACGCGGCGGAGGGCGGCGGCGCGGGGCUCGUGGGGGGCCGGGCUCGCUUCGCCGAGCGGCCGCUGCCAGCCUCCAAGGAGGACUUGGUGUGCACGCCGCAGCAGUACCGCGCCUCGGGCAGCUACUUCAGCCUGGAAGAGAACGGCCGCCUCUUCGCGCCGCCCAGCCCGGAGACCGGCGAGGCGAAGCGCAGCGCGUUCGUGGAGGUGAAGAAGGCGGGCCGCGCGGGCGGCCUGCAGGAGGAGGCGAGCGCCGACGGCGGGGGAACUGCUGCCGAGGACCAGGACGCAGGCGGCGGCGGCGGCUCCUCCACGCCUGCCGCUGCGUCGCCCGCGGGCACCGAGAAGCUACUGGCCCCGCGGCCCGGUGGCCCGCUGCCCAGCCGGUUAGAGGGCGGCAGCCCCGCGAGGGGCAGCGCCUUCACUUCCGUGCCGCAGCUGGGCGGCUCCGGCGGCAGCGGCGCCGGGAGUGGUGCGGGGACCGCGGGCGGCACUGGCGGUGGCCAGGGCGCCGCGUCGGACGAGCGCAAGAGCGCGUUCUCGCAGCCCGCGCGCUCCUUCUCGCAGCUGUCCCCGCUGGUCCUGGGUCAGAAGUUGGGCGCGCUCGAGCCCUGCCACCCCAGCGACGGCGUGGGCCCCACCAGACUCUACCCCGCCGCCGCGGACCCCCUGGCCGUGAAGCUCCAGGGGGCCGCGGACCUGAACGGGGGCUGCGGGGCGCUGCCGAGCGGCGGGGGCGGCCUGCCCAAGCAGAGCCCCUUCCUCUACGCCACCGCCUUCUGGCCCAAGAGCUCGGCGGCCGCUGCUGCGGCAGCCGCGGCGGCCGCGGGGCCCCUCCAGCUGCAGCUGCCCUCGGCGCUCACACUGCUGCCGCCCUCCUUUACCUCGCUGUGUCUGCCCGCGCAGAACUGGUGCGCCAAGUGCAACGCCUCCUUCCGCAUGACCUCCGACCUGGUGUACCACAUGAGGUCGCACCACAAAAAGGAGUAUGCCAUGGAGCCCCUGGUGAAGCGCCGGCGGGAGGAGAAACUCAAGUGCCCCAUUUGCAACGAGUCCUUCAGGGAGCGUCACCACCUCUCCAGGCACAUGACCUCGCAUAAUUGACUGGGGAAAGGACCCCGGCUCUCCACGCGUGCGCACGCACAGUCAAGCCACCUGCAGAACAAACACGCGAGGACAUCCACCACUUCCUUUUGCUCGAAACACUACACACACACACACACACACACACACACACACACACACACACACGUGCAUACACAUACACGUGCCCCUCCCCCAGGAGCUUUCUCAUUAAAUGCUUACCCCAUACACACACACACACACACACACACACACACACACACACACACACAAGACAGGACGGUGGAUUUUUGAUUGGGUGGGAUGUUUGAGGGGUUUUCUUUUGAAUGCACGCAUUUUCACUUUCCCAAAAAUAAAGUUACAUUUUUUAAAAUGUCAUAUAUUGCAACAUAUUGAUGCAUUUGUCAUACGUUUCUACUUAAAUUAUUAAGCACUUACAGUUUAGAUGUAAUAAUUAUAUGUAAGGACAAAAUUUAUUUUCGAUAUAAAGUAACGGAGGAGAGUGGGAUGCUUUCUGCAUUUCUGAUGACAGCUUGUGUUCUUACAAAAAUAAACAAAACGAAUAAAAAGGGGGUCGCCAUUCAAUUUAAGUUUCCAGGGGGAAGUGCAUGUAUCAUGAAAUAAUUAUGGACUUCAGUGAAGAAUAUCAUCUCUAUGUAAAUAUGUAUCUCUUUUAAUACAAAGUGUAAUUUUGUGACAGUGAAAUGGAGUCUGAAUAGUUAUGUGUUUCUUUUAUCCCUGGAAAGAUUUAUUAAACUUUAUAGUUUAUCCGGAUAUGUUGGAUGCUUUGACAAUAAAUGACUAUUUUCUUCAAAGCAA